AAAGCUCUGCGGUGUUCGGAGAUGGAGAUGUGGCGAAGGCGGGAAGGUUUGGCGAGGGAGCUUUGGUUCUGCCCGCCACGAGCCCCAAGGAGAAGAAGAACUUGGUUCAACCACAACAACCACGCAAGAUGCUGAAGGAUGCGCAUCCAGAGUUUGCAGACACGCGCAGUGAUUCCCCUCCGUUUGGGACGUGCUAAUUUACAGCCGCCCGUUGCUCAUGGCAGACCACAGCUUCGCGCGCUCUGUAACAAUGCGCGUCGCCCGACUCCAUAUCGCAGAGCUCAAUGGGAGCUCCAUCGAGGAGCCAAGACAAAGACUUCCACGAAGCUCAAGGAUCUGCCCCAGGGCGCCUUGAAGCUGGAUGCAUACGAUGAUGGUGCUGACGACGGUCCCCAGUACCCAAUGGUGGUACGGGGCCAUAGGGAUAAUAUGCUGAAAUUCAAGAACUGUGUUAUUCUGACAAGGGUGGGCAACUUCUACGAGUUGUACCUCGAGCAAGCAGAAGAGUUCGCGCCCUUGUUGAAUCUGAAAUUGGCAACGAAAAAGACCAGCGCAGGUCCCGUUGCGAUGGCUGGUUUUCCCUACUUCCAACUGGACCGCUUCCUGAAGAUCCUCGUACAAGACCUGAACAAAUAUGUCGCCAUCAGUGAAGAGUUCGCCAAUGAUGCAGAGGAUAGAGCGCGGUCAGGAGGCCUCAUGUUCCAACGGAAGGUCGCGAGGGUCAUAACACCGGGGACGUUGAUUGACGAGAAAUUCAUGGAUCCAUCUGAGAAUAACUUUUUGUUGUCUAUACAUAUCGAUGCCCCUUCGUUAAAGGCUGGUAUGACGGAAGUAGGCGACGCGUCCAAUCAACAUUUAUUGCUCUCCUCCUCUCAGCGUGUAGGCCUUGCCUGGUUAGACCUCUCAACCGGUGACUUCUUCACCCAGCCCACUACCCCUCAAAUGCUGUCUUCAGCCAUCGCUAGGAUCGGGGCGCGCGAGAUAGUUGUUGACGAAGAAAUUCGGGAUCUAGUGGGACAGGAGCUACAAUUGCUGGUUGGUCAAGACCACCGUCUUCUGACGUUCUUCAAGGGUCCUAAAGAGAUCAGCCCAAUGUCGGAAUGGAGUCCAAUGCUAGAAGCACCAGUCUCCUCCAGCGAGGAGUCAUUGUUUACAACGGAGGAAACUGCCGCCGGCUAUUCUUUAUUAGAGUAUGUUCGCCACCAGUUGCAGGGCAUUAACAUGAAGCUGCAGCCCCCUCGUCGCAGACAUCUGGACAGGUCCAUGAGCAUCGAUCGCAAUAGUCUCAGGGGUCUCGAGAUCUUGGAGACUGCUCGUGACGGGUUUGGAAAGGGCAGUCUUCUCCACGCAGUAGGACGGACCUCCACCAAGAGCGGGACACGUCUUUUAAGAGACAGGUUGACUUCGCCAUCCUCAUCAAUUGACGAAAUCAAUGAGCGCCUCGACCUUGUGGCACAAUUUGUCGAAGAUGAAGUUCUACGUGACGACGUCGUACAAUUGCUAAAGCGUAGUUAUGAUGCACAAAGACUUGUCCAAAAGUUCUCGCUCGGUAGAGGUGAUCCGGAUGACCUCAUUUGUCUGGCUAGGGCAAUUCAGGCCUCGCAGGAGAUCAGACGGGUCUUGUCAGACACAAUGGCUGCCAAUUCAAACCAAGGAGCUGCAGACAAGACGACUAAAUUGAGCACCUCCUUGGGCAUCAUGAUCAAUCGUCUAUAUCUUGAUGGGCCGACGGCUCUCGCAGACAAGAUACUUGAAGCAAUCGAUGAAGAAGGUCUCAUGCAGAAACAUCGCAUUGAGGAUAGCACCGCUGCAGACGCUGUGCAAUUAGCGCAGGAGGUAAUCAUUAGUGAAGGGUUGCCCGAGGAGAUCGAUUCCAUGCCCAGAAAGGUCCGUUCAAAGAACACCGGCAAGACAGGAGUUUCCCCGGAGUCGGACUCUGCGGAUUAUGAUACCUGGAUCAUGCGCCGUGAUGCCAGUGAAACUCUUCGAAAAUUGCAUGGGAAUCUCGAAAGCCUCUUGGACGAAAAGUCUGCGCUGACGCAACGUCUCCGAGAUGCAGUUGGAUCCAAUACUCUCUCGCUAAAAUGGACACCCGGGCUUGGGUAUAUUUGCCAUAUCAAGGGAGGGAAAAUCUCCCAAUCAGAACUUGAAGAGUUGGGCGUGACGCGGUCUGUCUCUUCAACCAAAUCAACGCGGUCAUUCUAUCUACCUGUGUGGUCCGACUUAGGAACAAGGAUAGACCAGGCCAAGGUACAAAUUCGCCAGGAAGAACAGCGAAUCUUUGAAGACUUACGACGAGGCAUAAUAUUAAACCUUGUCAAGAUACGCCGGAAUGCUGCUGUUAUGGAUGAACUAGAUGUUGCGUGCUCAUUCGCUAUUCUGGCGCAAGAACAGCGGAUGGUGAGACCGAUUCUGAACAGAGGCACUGCCCACAAGAUUGUCGGCGGGAGACAUCCGACUGUCAAACUUGGGCUUGAGGAGCAAGGUCACCGGUUUGUCAGCAACGACUGCUUUCUCGGAGAAGAAGAACGUAUUUGGCUGAUCACUGGCCCCAAUAUGGCGGGCAAGAGCACUUUUUUACGACAGAAUGCGCUGAUCACUAUUCUCGCGCAAGUCGGAUCCUUUGUUCCUGCUGAGUAUGCAGAAAUCGGAGUUGUUGAUCAGAUAUUCAGCCGUACCGGUGCGGCAGAUGACCUUUUCCGUGACCAAUCGACCUUCAUGGUCGAGAUGUUGGAGACCGCUGCAAUCUUGAAACAGGCGACGCCUAGUUCCUUUGUCAUUAUGGACGAGGUAGGCCGAGGGACCACGCCUGAAGAUGGCACCGCUAUUGCUUUUGCUUGCCUACAUCAUCUCUAUCAUGUAAAUCGCUGCCGAACCCUGUUCGCCACUCACUUCCAUGCACUAGCAGAUAUGACGCGCGAUUACGAGAAGCUGGGGACAUACUGCACCGAUAUCAAAGAAACACCUUCCGGGAGCUUUUCGUUUGUUCACCGGUUGCGGAGAGGAGUCAACAGGGAAUCCCACGCCCUGAAGGUUGCCAGCCUGGCGGGCUUGCCAGUUGAGGCGAUCGACGUGGCAAGAGACGUGCUGCACGAUAUGCGGGCAAAUAGACCCGGGUUUCAGGGCGUACGUUCGGCUCAAUGUAUCUAGAUUUUACUUUCGGGUCUUACCAUGGGAGCAAAUCAGCGGCUGGUCUGCUGAGUCCCUGUAUUUGACCGCACAUCUAUUCUCCAUUCACUGUUCUUUAGAGGUCUUAACUUUCCCUGUAUAAUAGAGUCACUUUGCACCUAAAGGGGGCAAAAACACCAUUGAGGUACUUUAAAUAUUCCCUCUCUACCACAGGACACUUAAAGGACUGG